UGCACCGCUAACGUGACGUCACAAGACCCGCUGAAAUUCAAAGUUUGAGGAGGAAACUGAAAGCAUCAAGCAAGAGGCUUGUUUCUGGUUUUUCUGUCAGUUCACCUGUUUCAUACAGACUGUAUUUUUAUACAGACUUCUUUUCAGCUCAGUAUGGAUGCUGGAGAGGAAAAUAUUGGCAACGUCAACAUGAAAAGAGAGAGAACACCUCUGUCCGAUUCUGAAGACAAUGCCCUCUCACCAUUAGAGGUGAAUGAUGGCCAGAAGCGGCGGCGCCUUGAGCCAGCUGGUCAGGAGAAUCAUAGUCCUAAACCAUCCUCCUCUGGUCGCCGAGCUGAACUAGAGACAAAGCCAGACACACCGAUGGUUUCUUCUGUACGGUCCAGAAUCCAGCAACUCACCCAGAGAAGAGAGGGGGGAGCUCCUCUUGCCCAGCGGUGCCUGUCAGAUCCCGGGGCUGGCAGCAUAAUAAAGGGUUUCAGAGAGCAUCUCCUUGGUCAGGGAGAAUUUAAUCAGCGAAUGGAGCCUUUUAAAGUGCCAGUCUUCCAGGCUAGCCCCACCCCCACAGCGAGCCCUGGCAACCUCCCCCCGCGGCCCUGCUCCAAGUUUGUCUCUGCCAUACAGCAGAAACUCCACGGCACUGCGGCACCCAGCUCCAAGCAGGAUUUUCGCAUGCGCCAGGAACGGGAACAGGAGAUGAGCCAGUUGUCUUUCCAACCAAUCAGUGAGAAUGCCUGGCUGAAAAGGAGCAACUCUGAUCCCUCGUUAUCUCAGCAGGGAUGGACCCCUCCUGGCCCCCACAUCUCCCUCCAUAGAACCAGAGGGGGAGUUUGUUGGCGUCCUAUGCAGCCCAGAGAUCAGAUAGAUGAUGAUGAGAUGAAGGAUUGCAGCUUCACUGAAGCUUCUACAUCAGGUGCAGAGAAGCAGGCUUCAGAUGGGACAGAAGAAACCUACCAGGCAGAGGGAAGAGAACGCUCAAAGAAAGUCACUUUUUGCCUGGAGCCUGAGCUAAUCAAUGACUCAACCCUGUCUGAGACAAAUACCUCCAUGGACUCCAGGACAGAGGCAAGUACGUCAGAUGCUGAACUGAGCUCUCAUGAUGAGACCAACACCGCUGAAACAAUUGACCAGAUGUUUGAUGAGGUACUAGAAUAUGCUGGAAGGAUAGAGGAGGAGAGGCGGGAAGAAGACACUGAGGACCACGACAGUGGCAUUGGCGUUUGCGCUGGAGACAAAGAUAAGAUGGACACGGAGUCGGGGAAGGAGAAAAGUGAAGAAGAGGGUGGAUCCAAAGAAAAAGAGUGCGAUGAGAGCAAGAAGCUUGACGGCAACAGAGAUGAGCUGCUGACUUUUCCUCCCAGCGGCAUCCUCUCUCCUCUCAGCAAGUCUGUAGAGGCUGUGGUCACUCCUCUGCGACUGGCAGCGAGCAAGAGUCUGCUCUUGACUCCAGAAGAGAACACCACCCCUCUUGCUGAAUCUGCUCCCCUAUACAGUAUUGAUGCCUACCGCACACAAAGACAGAAUAAACCGUCCACCAUUCAGAGUGUCACUCCUGGUGUUCAGAGACGAGCUCCAGAGAAGUCCAAACCUCUCCCCUCUGUCAACACCAAGGAGAAAAUCAAGGCUCUUAAUGAAGAAGCAGGGAAGCUGCAGACUGUGAUCAACCAGACACUGCAGGCACUGAGCUGCUGUACUGAUGAAGAGCAUGGCAGAGGCUCGCUGGAGGAGGCAGAAGCUGAGAAACUACUGUUGGUCUCCAGUGAGAAACGCGCUGCCCUGCUGGCCGAGGUUGCUAGACUGAGGGAGGAGAGGAACUCUGAGUCAGGAGAGGACGGGGAGUAUGUUUCCCAGCAGGCAUGUAGAGGGACUGUCAGCAUCACAAACAUCCAGCUGCCUCUCAAGGUGGAAUUUGUCUGCUCAUCACACAACCGCACAGGUCGGCCAAGUCACUACUUUUUUGUCCUGAUCCGCUACGGGCCUUGUAACAUCGUCGCCACACCGCUGGCCACAGCUGCUGAUGCUCUGAAUGGCGACACCAUCUCCUUCCCUACUUCUGUCACUCUGAAGGAUAUCCGCUCAUCUUUUGAGAUAGAUGUGGAGGUCUACAGCCUGUCCCACACUUCAGGUAGUAACUGCAGCAUGGACCGGACCAGCACCAAGUCACGAGUCACACCAAGAAAGCUUCUGAACACUCUCACAAGAUCCAGUAACAGUCUGACAUCUGCUGCUCUUCCUGCUCUCAACACUCGUCGCUCCAUCAACUUUUGUCUGGUCGGCUCCCAUAAGAUCACCUUGGCCUCACUGGGACACGACAAGUUCCCACUGGAUAAGAUGAAACUUGAAGGAAAAAUCAGGAGGCUGCUGGGAGAUGAAUUUCAGGAAAAGGUGCCUUUUCUCUUACCUCUAGAGGGCAACAUCUACCUGCGACUGAACAGCGAAAGUCACUCUAAUGUACAGCACCAAGGAUUCCUGACAAUGUUUGAGGUGAUCAGUGGAUAUGGGGUGUGGCAUCGCAGAUAUUUUGUACUGGUGGGAUGCAAUAUGUACUACUGGAACCACCCCAAUGACAACGAAACUAAGGAAGCAGAGGGCAGCAUUAUUCUGUCUAGCUCCACCAGUCAGUGUGUCAGGCCUGUGAGGAGGGACUUGUGUGCUCGACCUUUCACCUUUGAGCUGGUGAGCAACAUCCCACAGCAGCAGGAUGCCAGCCAGGACACCUUGGCCAAGUGUUGGUUUUCAGCUGACACCAAACAGGAGAAGUUGGACUGGAUGGAGAUACUCAAUCAAGCUCUUUUGGACUUUCACACAUGGAACCCAACAUCGGGAACCCAAACAGAGAUUCAGCAGUCAAACACGUCCAGCAGUGAGAACCUGAGGGAGAGCAUACUGUAACGACAUCACUAACAUACCUACUCAGACACAGCUUCUGCUGCCUGGGAUCCAUGAAAACACUGAAAGCAGCUUUCAAGUGGCAGGUAGAUGAGCUGAAUCAGGGGUUUGGAUUCUUUAUAUCAGGGGUGCAGGAGGUAAGCUUCUCUGUUUCGCAGUCAAAUUGAAACUGGCAAAUUACAGAUAAGGCAAAACCUUAUGUAUCUCAUAUUGAUUUUUGGGGGGGGGAAUAUCUAUUUGAUUUUCAUACUAUUGUUUAUUUCUUUUCAUCUGAAUACAAUCAUUACUGUAGGUUUCACUUUUAAUUGCUAAGCUACAGUUGCCAUUUGAAUAUUUUUUGUUUGUCUUAAUAUUGUAGAAAAGGUUUAUUUUGACUUUUUUUCUGUGGCAAUCAGCUGCUUUAGCCUUUUGUUGGCGUUGAAGGUGAAACUUGUUGUAGCAGAUAAAUAUAUAUUUGAGAUAAUUUACUCAUGUAUUUAGAUUCAUAUUGUAAUGUUACUAUGUUUAAACUGGAAGGAUAAAGGUAUAUAGAAACACUAAUCAAUAUUCAAGGAGAGGGAAAUCUUUAACUCUACUAAACUAAUGUAGGAUGAGAAUGUGUUUGAAAUAUUAGGAAACACUACAAAUUAUUAGAAUGUAGAAGGAAUGCUUGCAAGUGCUGGAAUGGAAGCCUUUCGUAGUCGUUCAGAAAUACAAUAUCUGCUUCUGUUGGGUGAAAUAAUAAGUUUUCAAGGCUGGCUUUUGUUCCCUAAACUAACAGAUAUCUGUUUCUGUCAAAUGUGAUAGAACAACCCUUGGUUUUUACUAAAGAACUAAGCUGUCAAAAUUUGACUACAAUGUAUCACUGGCGUCUUGAGGCCAGUUGCCUUCAUAUAAUUUGCGUUACUGCACAUAAAUAAACUCAUAUAUUUCCAUAUUUAAACCCAUAUUAUAUGUGUAAAACAGUGGAUGAGAGGUCUGGUGAGGUAAGAGAGGGACUGUAGUGAUGCUGCUACACUGAAUGUAGUCUGUUCUGUCUGAUGUCUGUUCUUUCCAUGUAUUUCCACCUAUCAGUCUGUCACUUUGUUAUUCAUGUCAACUCUCAUUCUAUGCACCUAAUUGAAGGUACCAAUGAAAUAAAUUGAUUGAAAUGGCUACAAUAAAACAGUUUAAAUUUG